AUUUUGAAAAUGUGCAGCUUUUUGGUAUCGCUUAGUUAGAGUUGUGGGCGUUUGACAGAGGAACGACCUUCCAAAGAGACUGCCAUGCCACAUUGAGAAUGAAUCAGGCAAAGAGAAUAUUUGAUUCCCUCCGAUUCGCAUACUCCAUCAACAGGACUCGAUUCUACAGAAGUAGCUGGGCUCGCCCUCAGGUGACUCGGUCCUUUCACCUCUCUUCCUCCACACCGCAAUUUCAAACUCCUGCGAGUUUUUUCAAUGCCUAUAGAAAGCUGUUUUCAUCCAAACCAGAAUCGGUUAUGGAUCUUGUAUUAUCCAGUGACUGGUCCAAAGAGAUUGAGGAAAACUUGGAGAAACUCGAGUCUCCACUGAGCCACGAAGCUGUUAUGUUCAUAUUGAAGAGACUAGACAAAGACCCAUCAAAAGCGGAGAAAUUCUUCAAUUGGGUCGUUGGUAGUAAAAAUUGUUGUAAACAGAGUUCUGCUUUUUAUAGCUUGAUGCUGAGAAUCUACGCGAGCUACAACUCAAUGCAGGAGUUUUGGGUGAUUGUUAGAGAAAUGAAGGAGAAGGGGUUGUAUAUAGACGAAGAAACCUACAAGUCACUGUUUUCUACUUUUCGAAGCUCCAAGAUGGAUAAUGAUGCAGCUGCUUUGAAACAUUUUUAUCUCCGUAUGAUAAAUGAAAAUUGUAUGGGUGAGCUGGUGAAUUCAGUGGUAGGAGCUAUUAAGAGGUCAGAUUGGGGUCAUGAGUUGGAAAAAGAGUUGGAAGAUAUGAGCAUUUCAGUUUCAGAUAAUUUUGUGCUUAGGGUUUUGAAGCAGCUUAGAGAAGUACAAUGUCCUUUAAAGGCUGUGAAGUUUUUCACAUGGGUCAGUGAGAAGCUUGGCUUUGUACAUAGUACUAUUACUUACAAUGGUAUUCUUAGGGUUCUCUGUAAAGAAGAGUCAAUUGAAGAGUUUUGGAGCCUGAUGAGGGAUAUGAAGAGUGCAGGAUAUGAUAUGGAUUUUGAUUCAUACAUUAAAAUCUCGAGGAAUUUUCAAAAGAAUAAAAUGUUUGGAGAUGCUGUAAAACUUUAUGAGUAUAUGAUGGAUUCCCCAUAUAAACCAUCUACUGAAGAGUGCAGUAUACUUUUGCGAAGCAUUGCAGCCUGUAACCCUCCUGAUCUCGAUCUUCUAUUUCGAGUGGUAAAAAAGUAUGAGGCAGCAGGGAAUUCACUGUCAAAGCCUAUGUAUGAUGUCAUUUAUAGGGCUUUAACCAGCCUGAGCAAAUUUGAUGAAGCGGAGAAGAUGAUGCUGGCCAUGAGAAAUGCAGGAUACGAACCUGACAACAUCACCUACAGCCAAUUGAUUUGGGGACUUUGUAAAGCAGGGCGUGUGGAAGAAGCAUGUGAGGUAAUAGAUGUGAUGGAUGGACUGGGGUGCUGCCCUGAUGUCAAGACUUGGACUAUUUUGAUACAAGGGCUCUUUGAAGCUAAAAGUGUUGAUAAAGCAUACAUAUGGUUUGCUAAGAUGAUGGAGAAGAAUGUUGCUGUUGAUGCCAAUCUAUUAGAUGUAUUAGUAAAUGGUUUUCUAGGUCAGAGGAAGGUAGUUGGUGCAUAUCAGUUUUUAGAGGAGAUGAUGAGGAAGGGAAACUUGAGACCAUAUCCAGAAACAUAUAAGAACCUUAUCCAAAACCUAUUGGGGGAGCGGAACCUUGAAGAAGCGCUUCAUCUGCUUAAGGAGAUGAAGGGGCAAAAUUACCAGCCUUUUGCAGAACCUUUUUAUCAACACAUCUCAAAACUGGGGACCAUAGAGGAUGCAGAGGAGUUUCUGAAGGCAUUCAAAGCAACAUCUGUGUCAAAUUACUUGCGUGUUUUUAAGGCCUUCUUUGAUGAAGGUAGACACUCUGAAGCAAAGGAGUUACUUUACAAAUGCCCUAAUCACAUACGUAAACACCCUAAAAUAUGCAGUCUUGUUUGGAAGGAUCAAUGCAUAUAAUCUGAGUUUGAUUCUGAUAGGGACAAACUUUAAUUUUGGUCAGGUUAAAAGUAAACACCCAUUCAGAUCACUAUCUGAUAGCUGUGCUCUGAUUCUGAUAGUUUUGGUGGAUUCUUGUAUCUUUUGUUGUAGUACUGAAGGGCUACCUUUCCUUUUUUAUUUACAUCCGGUUAACUGGUUUCACCCUACCAGUAGCCUAUUGGUUUGGAGUUCCAACAGUUGCUUAGACAUUUCUAUUGAUAGUCUGAGAGCAGUUUGUAGGAUACGUGACAUGUAAUAAAGCAUGGAAGCUCUGGAGUGGUCAAGUUUCGUUGUUUUAGAAACUUGUAUACAUGUUUGGAAAAUUGGAAACAUUAAAUUCGUGGUUACCC